AUGGCUGAGGUGUACGUGGAGCGCAUUGUGCAGGCCACCCUGUGUGGCAUCUGCGAAGAAGAGCUGCUCAAGGCCGCUUCUCCACAGCAGCAGCAACAACAGCCAAGUGUACAGGUUCCGCUGUGGCUACAGGCCAUCUCCACCGGCGUGACCCGCAACGGCAGCGACUGCCUCAUCUCCGAGCAUGCCAUCCUGCAUGCAGUGCACCUGUUGCAGACCGCUGGCGCGUGUCCGCGAACGGUGGUGACCGCUGCCAGCCCACCUGCCGCGCUGGCACGCCUCCUUGCGCUCAGGAUGCGCAGCAUGGACAACAUUGGUCUUGUCACCAACGUCGUCUGGAAGCAAGUUGCAUCAACGUCCACCACCGCACCCUCAACAACGACAGCAGCGACGGUGACACCUACAGCGGGCGAGCUGUGCGUGUCCAUUCAACCACCAUCACCACAGCUGUUUCCAACCCCGCACGUGCCCGUCUCCCAGCGCACCAUGGGCACGCUCGCGCGCCUGUUUGCCACGUUUGCGCAGGGGGUGGCACUGCACUGCGAGGCCAUGUUUGAGGCGAUGCUUGCCGACAUCAACACGCGACUGCAAGGCAAACCGCUGCCGUCCAGCCCCGUCACCAUUGUCACCACCCACGUGAGCAGCAGCACCACCACCACCAGCGGCAGUGGCGGAGAUGCGUCUGAGCUUGGACAGCCCAUCAAGCUGAGCGUUGCCGACGCGGCGACGCAGGUGUGGCUGCAGCACCUGAUGGAGUACCACGCAGCCGCCGUCAGCGGCACCAUGCCCGAGGAGCUCUACAGCGACCUCUGCGGGCUGAUCUGCACGGAGCCGUCUGCGUGGCCGCGGUCCCCGGUGGAGGUUGCAAAGCUGUUCACCUCCUGCGGGACAGAGACAUGCCGCUCGUUCAGCACAUUCCCCGUCUACGCGCUGCUUGAUCUGUUCUGCACGUUCCGGCCGCUGGUCGCUGCGCCGUCGCUGGAGGACGUGCUGUUCCUGCAGACCACGCUCAAGAUGUUCGCGGCCGGCAACGUCCCCACCGUCACGUCAACAAUCCACGAGACCCUGCAGGCAAUGAACCGCGUGCUUGCAAGCAUCCAGCAGUCGCUGACGGGCGGCGAGCGGUAUGCGGCUGCCAUCCACGCCCUCCCAUCGCAGCUGGCGCGCGUGUGCGAGGAAGCAAGUGCACCGUCGUCCAUCACCACGAAACAACACCUCAUGCUCGGGCUGGCUAUGGAGGCCAAGAUUAUCCAGUCGCUGCUGAUGACGCAGGCGUUUUAUGCGGAUAUGCAGCAGCGCAAGCACGCGUCUGGCGCCGCCAACGAGGCAGACCUUGCCAACAUGCACACGACCAUGACCUCGCUGCGCGUGUACCAGCACGCGUACGACACGGUAUGCACGCAGAUGCUGGCGGUCGAGGCAUACCCGAGCGAGCACUUGCUUGUGGACGCACCCCAGCAGAUGCAGCAGCCACAGAUGGUGCAACAGCAGCCACAGAUGGUGCCACAGCAGCCACAACAACAACAACAACAACAACAACAACAACAACAACAACAACAACAACAACAACAGCAACAACAACAACAGCAACAACAACAACAACAACAACAACAACAACAACAACAACAACAACAACAACAACAACAACAACAACAACAACAACAACAACAACAACAACAACAACAACAACAACAACAACAGCAAGCACAGCAGCCGCAACAGCCAGCGCAACAACAACAACAACAGCAAGCGCACCAGCCGCAACAGUAUCAACAACUGCAGCAGUAUCCCGUGGGAUCUGAGGGGAUGAAAAACGAGUUUAUGCUCACGACGUCCUCCCCACCACCAGCAGCAGCAGCAAUGUCAUCCCCAGCCGUGAGCACGAGCAGCAGCAGCGGCAGCGGUGUUGGUGUUGGUGGCGGUGCUGUCGUGUCACAGCCAACGGGGUCAACGGCGGCGUUUGUUUCCAGUCCACAGCCAGCGCCUGGAGUCGCUGUUGCUGUGACGACAACAGCCGCGACAACAGCAGCAGGAAUGUCGAGUGCAAAGCGCCCUGCCGCUGACAGUGAUUUCGCGAGCAAACGCGCCAUGUUUGCCCCAACGAGCGCAGCCCCGGUCACGACAACGACAGCAACAGCAACCACAGGAACAGGAGCAGGAACAGCGACCACUGGGCAAGCACUGAGCAACGGCAGUGGCAAUGCUGCUGGCGUGGCGAUACAACGCACACCGCAUACAGAGGCGGAAGCGUCGCUGGCGUUUCUUGCAGACGCAUCCAUCCUCUCGGCAACGAAAGCAAGUUCGCCCCAACAGCAAACACCACAACAGCAACAACAGUAUCCACAACAACAACAGCAGCAGCAGCAGCAGCAGCCAGGUGUCGCUGCUGCUUCAAUGCCGCAAGUGUCCGCGGGUAGUGGCAACGCCACCACCACCACCACCACCUCCUCCUCCUCCACCAACAACACCACUACCAACACCACCACCAACAACACCAACAGCACCAACAACACAACUACCAUCAGUGGAUAUGGUGGUGCGUACAGCACCGCUGGUAGUGACAUGUACCAGCAACAGCACAACCAACCUCAUCAGCAGCAGAUGCAGAUGGGAACACAGCAGCACGCAAUGCAGCACGCACUGCAGCACGCAAUGCAGGGGCAGAUGCAAGGGCACCCGUUCCAAGCUCCCCAGCACUCGUCCCAGAUGUAUGCGUAUCAGCAAGCACAGCAGGCCAUGUACCAGCAGCAGGCACAGUACCACCUGCAGCAGCAGCCACAGUACAUGCAGCAGCAGCAGCAGCCACAGUACAUGCAGCAGCAACAGCAGCAACAGCAGCCGCCACCAUCGCUGUUGCCGUACCCCGCAGCGACAACAAGCACACCGGUCGCCAUGACCACAGCAGCACCACCACCAUCAUCAUCCACAUCAGUGCCGUCACUAUCAACCCCAACGACCGCCACCACGACCACGACUAUGACCACCACCACCGCGACGACGUGCAGCACACCAGCAAGUGCAGCACACCUGACGAGCACAACGCGGCCUGCGGCGACACUGCGCACGCUGGACCUGCUGCAGAUGGCGGGGGAUUUGGUUGAGUCGGCUGAGGUCGAGGAGAACUCGUGGACGGAUGCAGAUGUGCUGGACAAGGGCGUGUCGUUCCCCGUGAUGUAUGGCCACUGCAUGUGGUACGUGCGGGUGCAGGCGACGCUGCUCGCGGGAACAUGCGCGGCCCUACGCCUGGUGAUGGCGCUGAACAAAACCAAGCUCAAGUGCACCUAUCUGGGCAUGUGGUACCGUGGCAGUGGUGGUGGUGCAAAGACAAGCAGCAGCAGCAGCAGCAGCAGCAGCAGUCGCAGCAGUGGCAGCAGCAGCGAUAAUGGAGGUGGUGAUGGUGAUGGUGAGGGAGCGACGAGGACGAUUGCGCUGUACUUUUCCACGCCGUCUGACGUGUUUGAUGGACACUUCAAGACUGCUGCGAUCAAAGCGCUCAACACCAUCUGCUCAGCAACAACAAAGGGAGACGCAGCAACAUCAGCAGGGGCGAAGACGAUGAAGAAAACCAGUGGCGACAGGAAGAACGGACACAAGCGACUGGGAGCAGGGGCAGCAGGAUCAUCAUCAGAGUCAUCUUCAUCUUCAUCGUCGUCGUCGUCAUCAUCAUCAUCAGCCACUUCCCCGGCGGUUCAGAAGAGCAAAGCCGAGGCGAAGACGCCACUGGCCGGCAACGGCAGCACAUCGCGGGUGGUGCUUCUCGAUACCACGACCACUUCAGCCACAUCAGCCAACGCAUCAGCCACGACGACCACGACGACCGGCGGCACGACCAUGGUGGCGGGUAGCAGCAGGUCGGCUGGCGAGGGUGCAGCAACAGGCAGCGUGGCCAGCACUGCUGCGCUGCACGUUGUGCCGGAUCGCUUCACCUCCGCCAGCAUUCGCAGCGCCCACCCGCUGUCCCCUGCAGCGAGCAACGUGGUGCAGUCUGGUGCAACGCUUGUUGUCUCCAUCCACUGCACGAGCAGAAGCAGCCGCGCCGUGAGCGUGCCCGGGACAGGUGUUGCCGCUGUUUUCCCCGCCAUCAAGUCUGCCCUUCGCUCGGACGCCGUGCUGAGCGAUGCGCUGCUGGUGUGCCGGGACGUGGGCAAGCGCUCGUAUGUGCUGCUGGACAAAUCCACCGCGCAGCCGCUGCCGUGGGAGGCCGUGGAGGGAACGAGGGCACAGGUGCUCAAUGUGUUUGUGCAGCCUCGCAUCUACGCUGCGCAUGCACAGCAAGGCAAGCGGCGCGGAGUAGUUCUCCACUGCACACCGGUGCCCACGCUGCACGCCCUGCAGGCAUACCUGGCCCGUCACACUCUGUCGCUCAAGGGCGUGUUGACCACACCUCACACGUAUGUGCUGGAGGGCUCGGACACGGACGUGGCGGCCGCGCUGGCGGCCUUCAAGGCAGAUGCACACGCCCUUUGCAAGCACUUUGGCCAGUCCGCCUCCUUAGCAGAGCCGGCCUUUGAGCUUGAGGGACGAACGCGACGUGGGCGGUUCCCACUGCUCGUGCCGCAAUCCAUGCUGCUCACAGACCUCUUUUCAUUCAUGGCCGCUGUGCUUGGUGAACCCCGCGCUAGCAUCUCAGCGCUCUUUAUGUCAAAGUCACAAGCAGGUGCAGUGCAGCGGCGCGUGCUGCUCGACCGCGCAAAGGAGUUGGCAGCGUUUGUCACCGCAGACCGUGGCCACGUCUUCAUCUCCAUCGGCGAUGACGUGCUGCCUGGCAAUCUCUCUGACAGCGAUGAUGAAGAGUUGUCAACAGCAACAACGGCAGUGGCCGCACACCCUCCAGUUCCAUCUGCAUCGCUUCCCAAACCAACCGCUGCAAGAGCCGCGUCGUCGUCAUCGAGAGGCGGUUCACAGCGACGCCGCGGUCGCAAUCAGACGCAGCCGUCCCAUCAGCCGCCCGCGCCGUCAUCAUCAUCGUCGUCCUCGUCAUCUGUGCAGCUCGCGCGGGCUGGGGGAGGAUACCGCCAAUCACGGCACCCGAGCCUUCGCUCCCUGCCUGCUUCGCUGCACAUCCCGACGCUGCCUGCUGCGACGACGGAUGGCGAUUUCCGCUCGCUUCCAUUUGAUGACGCGCUCCUCCUCCCAGAUCGACAGUUUGACUCGUACCUGCGGCGAGCUGAGCGCAAGUUUCCAGCGCAGGGGCCCGAGUAUGCGUCCAUCAUGCGCACCAUCCGCCUCAAGUACCCGAUUGACCGCGCGUCCCUCGAUGAGUACAUGAAGCCCGGCAAACGCGUGCGCGCAGCGCUGGUGGAGGCGUGUGAGAGCAUCGGCUUCAACGACGUUGCAACCGAGUUUAUCCUCGUGGAGCGCGACCGUGCACUCGAUGCGGCCCGCAAAGCGCGGAACCGGCAGGAGAUCCGACGCAUUGCUGCACAGCUGCUGGCGGAGAUGCAGUCCCUCCACGCAUCGGUCGAGUCCCUGCAGAAGACUGCGCCAUCGAGUACCGAGCUGCAGGAGAAACUGCGAGACCUGCGCACGGUUGUGUUCCGGGUGACGCGCACGCAGCAAGGGAUCACGCGUGAGGUGAAGCGGUUGGACAAGGGCGGGGUGCUUGGCAGGUGCAGCGAGCUGCUCAAGGCGACGGAGGCCUUCCCGCCAUGA